UGCCGUCUCUAGAAUGUGUUCAUGCAAUUUUUUAUGAGAAGUUCAAAAUUUGUGUAUAUCCAUUAUCCAAUUUGAAAAUAGAUUAUUCCGUGGCUCCUGUCAAACAAACAAGUAUCUUCAACCUCAACUGUCAGGGUAUGAUCUCACGUUUAUGUGUAAGAGCAGCAAUACAAUGAAUAAAAAAGAAGAAAAGACACUAACACCAAAAAAGUCUGUUUGGAUCAGAGCAGUCACAGCCAAUUCUGAAUGGCCAGACAAGGAAGAGUUCCUGGAUGUGAUCUAUUGGGCUAGGCAAGCUAUAGGGAUCCUACUAGGAAUCAUUUGGGGCCUUCUACCACUAAAGGGCUUCCUAGGGCUGGUGUUGUUUGCAGUCAUCAAUGCUGGAGCUGUUUACCUCUAUUCCAGUAAUUUUCAGAACGUCGAUGAAGACGAAUUUGGUGGUGCAUGGGAAUUGACUAAAGAAGGUUUCAUGACAUCGUUCGCAGGUUUCUUGGUAACCUGGAUAAUCAUCUAUUCUGGUUUGUAUUAUGAAAUCGACAGAGUAGCAUCUUGAAACUCUUCUUGAAUGUUUUGUAUGUUUAUAUGACUUUUUGUAUGAAUUGCUGUUGUUAUGAAAGCAAUAGUGCGAAGUUGUGUUAUGAUGAUUUGUAUUUGUUUAUAAGACUUGUUAUGAAAUAUACGAAUUAAAAUAUUUAUGAAAAUAGAUAACUGUUUUAGUGAUUUUUUUAUUUGAAAAGGACAUUACUUAAUAUCAAUUGGAACAGCGAGCUUUGGGACUUAAGAUGUAAACACAUAAGGGAUUGGUG